GGACUUUCCCCCGCUCUGUGGCGCCUCUUCCUCAUUUAUCCCAUCACUCACCACUCACCUUCGCCAUCCUUCUUCAUUUCUUUCCUCACAAUCUUCCCUUUCCCCAUCUACGCUCGGAUCCCACUCCCUACAAUUAUACAAAUACCUAUACCAACGCUUCUAAUACGUAUCUUUUCAGCUGCGUGUGUGUUUGCUUGUUGAUAAAACUUGUUGAUUCUUUGAUUUGAGAGAGAUUUCUGGAUCAGAGCUCACUGUUCUCAAAAUGUGCUCUCUGCAGUUCUCGAAUUGCAGAGGCUUUAACCAGUCAGCAUUCCCUUCCAGCUUCUCUUCGAUCGAGAAGAAGCUGCGGAAGAGCAGAGUUGUGAUUCAUUCCUCCUUUUGGGGCGGAUGCUUGGAUUUAAACGAUGGGAACGCGAAAGAGAUGAAGCAGCGGUCAAGUGGAGGGAAUUCUAGGGUUUAUGCCAUGUCCUCCACCGAAUUCAAGAUGAAUUUGAAUGAGUAUAUGGUGACGCUGGAUAAACCACUCGGCAUCCGUUUCGCUCUCUCGCUUGAUGGAAAAGUUUUCGUGCAUGCGCUUCAGAAAGGGGGUAAUGCUGAGAAAUCCAGAAUAAUUAUGGUGGGUGAUACUUUGAAGAAGGCGAGUGAAUCAUCUGGUGCGAGGCUUAUUGAGAUUAAGGACUUCGGUGAUACAGAGAGUCUUACAAAAGAGAAAUCGGGUUCUUGCAGCCUUGUACUUGAGAGACCCUUCUCCCCUUUUCCCAUCCAUCAACUCUAUCUUAUGAAUGAUCUUGAUAUUUUAUUUAAUCGAGGUCGUGUUCCUAUUACCACUUGGAACAAAAAUAUUUGUGCAUCAAAUUUGCGGGCAUCCAGUGAGAGCAGUGGAAACUCUGGGUUUGCUGUAUUUUCCCCAAAGUUUUUAACUUCCCAAGGGUGGAAGUAUUUGAAUGAUCAGAACAUGAACAACCAACCACAAACAGUUAAGAACACCCCUGCUCUACCAUUUAGUCCUCUCGUAGCCAUUUUCACAGAGGAAGUGUCUGAAGAUGCUGAAUGGGCACAUGGGAGCUUCCCACUGGAAGAGUAUGUGAAGGCAUUGGAGCGUUCAAAGGGGGAGCUCUAUUAUAAUCAUUCUCUUGGUAUGCGCUAUAGUAAGAUCACGGAGCAAAUUUAUGUUGGGUCAUGUAUUCAAACAGAAGAAGAUGUGGAGACCUUAUCUACCACUGCGGGAGUCACAGCUGUGCUGAAUUUUCAGAGUACCGUUGAAGCUGCGAAUUGGGGAAUUGAUUCAAAUUUAAUCAAUGAGUCAUGCCAAAAGUUUAACAUCCUUAUGAUUAAUUAUCCAAUAAGGGAUGCAGAUUCUUUUGACAUGAGAAAGAAACUGCCAUUCUGUGUGGGUCUUUUGCUACGUUUGCUUAAGAAGAAUUAUCGUGUUUAUGUUACUUGCACAAAUGGGUUUGAUCGGUCACCUGCUUGUGUAAUUGCAUACCUCCACUGGAUGACAGAUACUUCCCUUCAUGCAGCUUACAAUUUCGUUACUGGGUUGCAUUCAUGCAGACCUGAUAGACCAGCAAUUGCGUGGGCAACAUGGGAUCUCAUAGCCAUGGUUGAAAGUGGCAGACAUGAUGGACCUUCAACCCAUGCAGUGACCUUUGUCUGGAAUGGACAUGAGGGAGAAGAUGUAUGUCUGGUAGGAGAUUUUACUGGAAACUGGAAAGAACCAAUCAAGGCAGUCCAUAAGGGUGGCCCAAGAUAUGAAGUUGAAGUUAGACUUCCCCAGGGGAAGUACUACUACAAAUACAUAACCAAUGGGGAUUGGAGGCAUUCAACAGCUUCACCGAUUGAAAGGGAUGACAGAGGGAAUAUAAACAAUGUGAUUGUCAUUGGCGACACGGCCAGCGUGAAACCUUCUGUUCAACAACAAAAGAAGGAUGCAAACAUUGUGAAGGUCAUCGAGAGGCCAUUGACUGAAAAUGAGCGCUUUAUGUUGGCAAAAGCAGCUCGAUGUGUUGCUUUCUCUGUCUGUCCAAUAAGGCUGGCUCCCAAGUGAUAGUCCUUUGCAACAUCUGGGAAUGGUUCAAGGGUAGUUUAUCAUCAACCGACUUCAUUAUUUUCCAGGUCUACCUUUCAGACAUCCUUCUAUUACAAGGAUCCACAUAUAUAGCACAGUGGCUCUAGGUUAGCUUUUGAAGAGAAAGAAUGAGCUGACCUGUUUGAUGCAACUGAAAAAAACAGCUUUGCUGCAGAAUUUUCUCUAGUCCAUGUAUUCUUAUAGUUCCACGAAAUUCAUCCACUUCAAUAGCAAAAAACUACUUCUAUUUGAAGUAUCAGACCAAGAGAAUUUAUGUUCUAUAUAUAAAUAACACUUGCAAAUCACUA